CCCGCCCGUCAUCCAAAUACCCGGGCCCGCUUUUGUCUGACAGAAACUCUGGAUUGUAUUAUCGGCACUGGGCGGGCUGACAGCUUGGAGGACGAGGUCGGAGUGGGAAACAUUAGCUGUUGUUGUUCUUGUUGCUACUGCUUCUGUUGUUGUUGUCAGCAGAAACCCUCACCACUUCAUCUUCAAACAUUCUAUCGACACAGCCAGCUGGUCACCAGUCAUGGCGCCCCCGACCGCUGCUCCAUCGCGGCCGUACCAGGGCCUCCUCGUGGCCGUCCACCUCCUCCUCGCCUUUGCUGGCGGCUACAAGCUGCGCGUCGAGACUACCCUCAAUGGUGUUCCAGACGGCUUCCAGGACGUUGUCGACUCGGCCGUCUUCCCCAAUGGCCUGCCCCUCAAGACACGCUACUUGGGCGUGCCCGCCAUUGACAACAUCUUCCCCUUCCUCGUCGUCGCCUUUGUCGCCGGCCCUGCCGGCUGGGACACAAACGUGCGGCUUCAGCAGAUGCACUUUCUCUACAACUUUGCUGGCAUCCUCGCCGUCCUCGUCGUCGAGUCCCGCCGCCGCGCCAACGCCUCCCGUCUCAUCACUUGGAUCGCCCUCUGGGCCGUCUUUUACCAGACCGUCGGCGGCAACCUGAUUGUGCCCCUCUGGUUCGCCGUCGACCUCAUGACGAGCAACGACGCCAACGGUCUCUUCACCCCUUCUGCUACUGCCGCCUCCACCAAGCGCGACGUCCCGCUGCCCUACGCGCAGUUCAUCCUCCCGGCCACCAUCCUGGGCUAUCUCCUGCCCACAGCCCUGCUCUACGUCCCCUGGGGCUGGUCCCACGAGGUGAACCAGCUCCUCGCGGCGCUCUGGCAGCCCGCCCCGAUGUUUGUGAGCCUGUUCCUCGUCCUCUUCGCGGGAGCAGCAAAGUCCCUGGCCGUGACCACGUCCGCGAGGACCACCGCGCACGCGGGUGGGUUCCCCAACGGCCGCGACGUCCCGCCCAGGGAGAACCUCCCCGAGGGCGACGCCACUCCGCCGGACGAUGUCUUCUACCUCAAGACAUACUACCUCAUGGUCGGCAUGCUGUGCUUCGUCGUGCACGCCUACGUGCUCUACCAGAUCCACACCGACGGCUAUCUCGCGACCGACACGGGCAGCCACGUCACCUGGGGCAGCGUGUUCGUCCCCUCGCAGGCCGCCUGGAAGGACUCGGUGCACGCGGGCCUGCACUACAUUUUCCAGUGGGACGCGAUCGGCAUCUUCGGCACGUCCUGGACCUGGUCGUGCGUCAAGGCGUGGGACGUCCUGCGCGUCACCCCUGGCCAGAGCGGCGGCGAGGUUGUCAAGACCGUGCUGCUCAUCACCGUGGCCAACGUCGUGAUCGGCCCCGGCGCCGCCCUCAUGGCCGUCUGGUAUUGGCGCGAGAAUAAGCUCGUCGAGCUCGCGGCGCGGGAGGCCGGGCGCGAGACAAAGAAGAUUACGUAGUAGUCGUUGGUGCGAAGUGCACACGAAGACGUGAGGAAAAAGAAGUCAUGGUGUUGUUAGUUUUAUAUAGUGCACCGUAUAUUACUUGUAUGGUCA